GAGGCGAAUGGCUUAUACUUCUGGGGGGGACCACAGUAGGCUUAUCAAAUACGAACUCCCUCGUAUGCAGGGUCUUGAACCGGGUUUGCUUGUUCUUAUAGCCUCAGCGAGGUUCGGAUGGGAACGAACCGUGAUCUAGUAUGUUGAAUCUCAAAGUAAAUCUGGGUGUUGAGGAGGCCAGUGCAAUAUUGGAGAAGCUGUACCAGCCGUAUCGAACCAGCAAAGCGACUGAUAACACACUCGGGUUCACGUUAUCAGUGGAUGCGGAGCAAGUACGAAUCUCUGUAAAAAUCUCUCAGGCUCCACCUAUAGUUCCGUUCAUCAGAGUUAGCGGGGCAAGUCUGACGGUAGGAAAGAUCAGCCGCACUCCAUCGCUGCCGUCCCCCAGAAUUCUAGAGCCCCCCUGCAUUUACUUGCAUGCUAGUUUGUGGGGAAGUUCCAGCGUAUGAAAGUUGAUAUGUUGGUAUGACAAGGUCGCGGGCAUGAAACGUGCCCCAGGUCCUGUAUCACUGGCCAGCGGUAAUGGUAGGGAAUGUGCCGAUAACCCCAUCGGCACGAGGUUUGUGGAGACGAAAGUGAGCGUGGUGCAACGAUACAC